AUGGUACAAAGGGCGCAACUGCAUAAGGAUCUAGUUGGACAACUGGUUGAUGCAACUGAGUAUCGUCGCAUCAUCGGUUUCCUGAGGUAUUUACUCCAUACAAGACUUGAUCUUUCUUUUGUUGUUGGGGUGGCAAGCAGAUUUGUGGAGAAGCCCACGGUGAUGCAUUACAAGGCAGUAAACCAGAUUCUUCGGUAUUUGAAGGGCACCGUGCAUUAUGGUAUUAUAUAUACCAGAGGAGGAGAAACAGAGGUGAUCACCGACUACACAGAUAGCGAUCUGGCUGGUGACGUGGAUGACAGGAAGAGUACUGGAGGUAUGACUUUCUACAUUAAUGACAGCUUGGUGUCAUGGAACUCGCAGAAGCAGAAAACGGUUGCUUUGUCUUCUUGCAAAGCUGAGUUUAUGGCGGCAACGGAGGCAGCAUGCCAAGUACUGUGGCUUAGAAGUCUGUUGGGGGACCUGACAGGAGAAGAGCUCACAGCAGUAAAAUUAUUUGUUGAUAACAAAUCAGCGGUUGCUUUGAUGAAGAAUCUAGUGUUUCAUGGCCGCAGUAAACACAUUGACACCAAGUUUCAUUUCAUCCGUGAGUGCGUUCAAGAAGGCCAAAUUAAGGUAGAUUUCAUCUGCACGAAAGAGUAG